AUGCAAGGGCAGUUUGAGAUCAAGGAGGAGGUCAUAUUGGAGCUCUUGGAGAGCAUUAAGGUGGAUAAAUCCCUGAUACUUGAUGGGACCUAUCCCAGGUUAUUGAGAGCCCCGGCCAAUGCACGUAUCGUCCACUCAGGCCAGGCAUGUGUGGUGAAGGACGACAACCUGAGCGAGAGGGUCUACACCAUCCGUGAGGGCAGCACACUGCUGCUGGUCUGCCUGGUCACCGGGCACCCCCGCCCACAGGUGCGCUGGACCAAGACGGUGGGCAGUGCGUCGGAGCGGCUGCAGGAAGGCUCGGUGCUGAACGACACGCUGCGGAUCGCGGCCAUCCAGCGCGGGCAGGGCGGCCGCUACUACUGCAAGGCGGAGAACGGCGUGGGAGGGCCGGCCAUCAAGUCCAUUCGAGUAGAUGUCCAGUACCUGGACGAGCCGGUGCUGACGGUGCACCAGAGCGUGAGUGACGUGCGCGGGGAGAACUACUACCGGGAGCGCACCGUCUUCCUGCGCUGCACCGUGCAGUCAAACCCGCCCGCGCACUUCACCUGGAAACGGGAUGGGCAACCCGUCACCCAGAGACAGGACCAGGGUGUCGACAUCUACGAGCCCCUGUACACCCAGGGGGAGACCAAGGUACUGAAGCUGAAGGACCUGCGUCCUCGAGACUACGCAAACUUCACCUGCCUGGUGUCCGUCCGCAAUGUCUGCAACAUUCCCGACAAAUCGGCCUCCUUCCUGCUGAAGAACACCACGGCCCCGCCGCUGGUGUCGGUCUCAGUGCCGGAGACGGUGGUGGUGGACCCAGGCACGGACGUGGAGAUGGAGUGCCGGGUAGAAGGGGGAGACCCCCCUCCCCAGCUGCGGUGGUCCCACUCGCCGGGCCCCAUGCCCCCCAACGCCCGGGUCCGGGGCGGCCGCCUCUGGAUCCAGGCCGUGGCCACCGAACAGGCCGGUUUCUACAACUGCUCAGCGCACAACGGAGUCGGCACUCCCGCACGCCGGGCCGUGGAGCUGCUGGUCCGCACGCUGCGGAAUGCCGGUUUCUGGAUCACGCCCGACCCGUUCCACGAUGAUGAGCAGGUGCGGCUGGACCGGGAGGUGAAGGUGUCGUGCCAGGUGGAGGCGGUGCCUGCUGACCAGCUGACCAUCCGCUGGCUGAAGAACGGCCGUGCCCUGCGGCCCAGCAGCCGCAUCAUCAUCUCUCGGCACGACCAGGACUUCCCUGCCGGAGUCAGCAGCGUGGACAUCAUCAACAUGCGCUUCUCAGACUCCGCCACCUACAGCUGCCUUGCCUCACUCAGCUCACCCGCACUGCCAGACCUACGGCUAGACGUCAACGUGUCCACCAGCCUCAUGCCCCCAGUGCUGGAGGUGGAGCAGCCAGUGGUGGAGGUGGAGGAGGGCUCAGACGCGGAGCUGCGCUGUGUGGUGCGGGGGAAGCCGCUGCCGGCGGUGCUGUGGUCGCGGGUGGACAAGGAGCGGGGGAGCUCGGCACCGGGAACACCAGAGUGGGUGACGGGGGAUGGCACCCUGCGGAUGGAGGGGGUCCGCCGCGACCAGGGGGGCACCUAUAGGUGUCGCACCGGCCGUGACAACGCUCUCAACGUGAAGCCCAGGGAGGCCAGCGUGCAGCUCAACGUGAUGUACCCCCCAACGGUGGAGCCGGAGUUACUGGAUGUCCGUCAGCGGCUGGGGGUGUCGGUCAGCCUGGCCUGCAGGAUGGUGAGCGGCAGCCCGUCAGAGGCCACCCAGGCUGACUGGAGCCUGGGGGGGCUCCCACUGGAGGGGCCCAGCCCCAGCCCCAGCCCCGACCCCCCCGACCGGUCUGAGCUCACCCUCCCCCCACUGACCGCCCGCAUGUACGGACUCUACCAGUGCCGCCUCUCCAAUGGUGUGGGAGCACAGAGCUGCACCUUCAACCUGACCGGACGAUCCUACGAGCCUGAGUUCUACUUCGAAAACCCCCAGCCCCAGGUGCGGGUGCAGAGGCCCGGACGCUUCUCCUUCCUCCUGCAGUGGACCCAGGUGGCUGCCCCACGCCGUCACGGGGAAGUUGGGGAGAGCUGGCUGGAGGGGAGGAGGGGCCGGGCCAGAGUGCGGAUGGGGGCGGAGGUGAUCCAGGUGAACCGGUCGAUGGAGCCGGGAGCGUUGCUGAGCUACACGCUGAGCGACCUGCGCAUCCCCAACAGCUACAGCGUGCAGCUCACCCCCAUCACCAGCUACGGGCCCGGAGACAGCGCCCAGCGCAUCCUGCACUACACCCACCCUGCCUCCUCUCUGCCUCCCUCAGGGGAGCUGGUGUGUGGCUUUGAGGACCAGGGUCUGUGUGGCUUCACCCAGGACACGCGUGACGACUUCGACUGGACACGGGAGAACAACGUGACCCAGAACCCCAAGAACACGCCCAACACCGGCCCUCGCUUCGACAACAGCGGCAAGAAGACUGGUUACUACAUGUUCAUUGAGGCUUCGACCCCCCGUCGGCUGGGAGACCGUGCCCGUCUCUCCAGUCCCCUGUACAACGUCAGCCAGAAGCGGGGCUUCCGGCCCCCGCGGACCACCCCGUUCUGUGUCUCCUUCUACUACCACAUGUACGGCAAGCACGUGGGCUCCCUCAACGUGCUGCUGCGGUCGCCGGGGGUGAAGACAGUGGAGAAGACGGUGUGGACCCUGAGCGGCAACCAGGCUGAGGAGUGGAGGCGAGGCAGUGUGACCAUCAACCCCAGCAGCCCCUUCCAGGUGGUGCUAGAGGCGGUGCGAGGGGCCGGAUACCUGGGCGACAUCGGCCGGGACGACGUGAGCAUCACCCGGGGCCCCUGCAACAAGCGGCCCUUCUCCGAGAAGGACGUGAUCCCGAGGGACCGCAACGCUGCCGCCGCCGCCGCUCUAGAGCGCCCGUGGGCCGCGGGGCUGCAGCCGCUGCUGCUGGUGGCGCUGGGCGGCCGGGCCCUGCCCCGGUGAUGGGGCCCCGCAACCCACCCACCCAUCCUGGGACUCCCCCUCCCCCCUCACCCCAACCCC